AGCUUAUACCUGAGCUAAUGGGUGGUUUUCGGUUCAUCACGCCUGCCUAGAGGCUUAAAGAAAGCAUCGCCCUACCAGUAGUGCCUUCUAUGUGUUCUCGAAGCCCAGAGCCCAUAUUCAGCUUCCGUGAUGGAAAUGGUAGCGCCUCCAAGGGAUCAGGACUUAGGAACGUAUCGCUACACUUGGAGCGAGGAUGGCGGGAUGAACAAGAUGACGAGGUGUGUACGGCGCAGCCGUCUGAGGGCAGUCCUGCGGGACCGGGAAGACGAACCCCAAUGUUUCGACAUCUUAUUCACUAACUACUGCUGCUGCUGCUACUCCUACAACUAUCACUAGUGAGAGAUACUCCCGUCCGCUCUCAACCGAGCGCCUCCUCCCCGGCCGCCGGGACCGGCGGUCCGCUCACUGGCCCUUCCAGAGUAUCGUUACCGACCCGGAUCCGCCGAG